AUGGACUGGGACAGCUGCACCGAACUUGAAAAUUUGAGCAGGACUCUCAAUUGGUCCAUUAAAUUCCAAGAAUGCCGGGGAGAACGGUUGACGAGCUGGGUGUCGAGUUUCCAUCAGUCUCACCUACCUUGCCACCUGGCCAACGAAGCGAUCGCCGAAGAAAAACGUGGCUCGUUCAACUGGACUUGUAAGGUCGUUUUCACGAACGGAGAAGCUUGGAUGGUGCGAUUCCCUAUCGACGGGAAGGUGAAGAAUCCAGAUGAGAAGAUCGAAAUUGAAGUUGCGACUAUGAAAGUCAUUCGCGAGCACACUGAUAUUCCUGUACCUGAAGUGAAGGCUUGGGGACUGGCUUCGGAAAACAAGCUUGAACUAGGGCCUUUCAUCAUUACCCCCUUCAUCGAAGGUGUCAGUCUCGCCGAUUUUCUCCGCGAUCAGAACGACCAAAAGUCCAGAAUGCUCCGAGAAGACGUCGAAGAUGCAGACAUUCAAACUAUCUACAAGCAGAUCGCCCACUUCAUGCUACAACUCUCCAAGCUCAAUUUCCCCCGGAUCGGCAGCUUAUCCAAUGAGUCGCAUAAUGACGACGAUACCAAUUUCGCUGCGACAAUAUCCUCACGCCCUAUGACUUGGAAAGCACAUGAAAUCUUAAAUGUUGGCGGAGUCAAUGUUUUUUGUCCUGGGAAUACAACGUUUUCUUCAACAGCCGAAUAUCUACAGUACGUUGCAGAACAAGACUGGCGACAUCUCAUCGAACAAUUAAACUCCAUUGACGAUGAAGAAGAUGCGAGAUUGAAGUACACCUUCUGGAGUGUUUUCAAGAAGUUGGUCCCACGAUUCGUUUCACACGACUACGACCGAGGCCCGUUCAAACUGAUUUGCGAUGAUUUCGGCCCAGCAAAUAUGAUGGUCAAUAACACAAAAGACCUCAAGAUCGUCGCAGUACUCGACUGGGAGUGGUCUUAUGCCGGACCAUACCAACUCUUCUGUGCUCCGCCACGUUGGCUAGUGAUUGAUAGACCUAACCAAUGGGCGUGCGAAGACGAGAGGCUCCAAAGGUAUAGCAAAUACCUGGAUAUACUCAUUCAGGCGCUGGAGAAGGAAGAGGUGGACACGUCUCAAGAUAUUGCGCCUAUGGAAGAGAGACUCUCAACAAUGAUGAAGAAGCAAAAGGAAGGACAAAUGUGGUUCCAUCAUAUCAUUUGGGAAGGAUUUAAUGGCCCAAAAUGUGUCCCCUUCCAGAAACUUCGGGCGGCAGUACCUGACUUCGAUGAACUUGCUGCGGCGAUUCCAGAAGGCGAGAGAAAUGAGUUCGUGAAAACGAAGAUGCAGCACCUGAGAGAUUAUGAGAAGAAAUUGGAUGGAUACGGUGAUGCAGUAAAAUUUCUCAAAUAA